AAAAAAAGAUAUAUCAAUUGAUGCAUCAUCGACUGUUAAACAAUUAAAAGAUGUAGUCGCUAAUGAAUUUAGUACAUCAAAUGAUCAGAUUUGUCUUAUAUAUUCAGGUAAAAUUCUCAAAGAUGAUGAAGAUUUAAAAAAACAUGAUAUAAAAGAUGGUGUUACGAUUCAUUUGGUUAUUCGAGCACCAAAAUCAGAUACAACACCAAAUGUAUCUACUGCUUCAGCAUCACCUGGAACUCAAGCAGAAUCUUCAACUCAUCCAUCUCAAACUCAACAAUCAAAUCCAACUAAUGCUUUUCCAUUUGGACUAGGUGGUAUGCCUGGUAUGGGUAAUUUGAAUUUUGCCAAUACAAAUUUUGCAGAUAUACAACAACAAUUUCAACAACAAAUAAUGAGUAAUCCAGCACAGCUUCGUCAAUUAAUGGAUAGUCCUGUUGUACAAAGUAUAACAAAUAAUCCUGAUAUGUUACGUUCAUUAUUACUUAGUAAUCCUCAAAUUCGUGAUUUAAUGGAACGUAAUCCUGAAAUAUCACAUUUAUUAAAUAAUCCUGAUUUACUUCGACAAACAAUGGAAUUUGCUCGUAAUCCAACAGCAUUACAAGAACUAAUGCGUAAUCAUGAUCGAGCUUUAAGCAAUCUUGAAAGCAUUCCAGGUGGUUUUAAUGCUUUACAACGUAUUUAUCAUGAUGUACAAGAACCUAUGUAUUCAGCAGCACAAGAACAAUUUGGUAACAAUCCAUUUGCACAAUUAUUUACUGGCAAUGGAGACAAUACAGCAACACGAACUGAAAAUACUGAUCCAUUACCAAAUCCUUGGGCACCACGUGGUACUGGUAGUACUACUGCACCAUCUGGUCAAGCACAACAAUCAUCAACUGAUGCAACAAAUGCGCAACAACAGCAACAACAACAAGCAACUUCAGCAAUUCCAAGUGGUGCUGCUGGUAGUUCACCCGGUUUAAUAUCUCCAAUGAUGCAAAAUUAUAUGUCACAAUUAGUUCAAAAUCCUCGUUUACUUGAAAGUGUUCUUAAUGCACCAUAUAUGCAACCAUUAAUGGAUUCACUUGCUGCUAAUCCUGAUAUAUCAAGACAAAUGGUUUCUAAUAAUCCAAUGUUUGCUAAUGAUCCUGCAUUACGUGAACAAAUGCUUAAUGCUUUACCAGCUAUGAUGGAACAAAUGAGAAAUCCUGAAGUACAAUUAUUAAUGCAAAAUCGAGAAGCACUUGAAGCAAUUACACAAGUACAAGAAGGACUUCAACGAUUGCAUACUGCAGCACCCAAUUUAUUUCAAGCUGGUGGUUUACCAGCAGGUCUUCGUAUUGGUUCAACUGGUUUAUCUUCACCAGCUAAUACUGGAACAUCAUUACCAUCAAAUCCUCAGCCUCGACCGUCUAAUCCAACAGCCACUGGUGCUACACCAGCAUCAAAUGAUCCUAAUAAUUAUGCAGGUGUAUUUGCUCAGAUGUUAAAUAUGAUGUCAAAUCAAAAUAUUAAUACACCACCAGAUCAACGUUAUGCUGUUCAAUUAGAACAACUUGUUUCAAUGGGUUUUACUAAUCGUGAAGCAAAUUUACAAGCACUUACAGCAACAAUGGGAGAUGUGAAUGCGGCAGUUGAACGACUUCUUUCUCAAAUCUAA